AGACAGUGCGCGACCGUUGAUGAAGCGAUAUCAUUACCUUGUUAAAAGAAAAAUUUGUUGAAAUGGAUUUUCUAGUGUUUACUAUAAUUGCACUGUUUCUGUACGGAAUUCACAAAUUUGUGACGCUUAACAAUGACUAUUUCCGAAAGCGAGGUGUUGCCCACAUGAAACCAACAUUUUUAUUCGGGAAUAUGAUUCCAUUUCUGUUUCGUCGACAGUGGUUUAAAUUUGCAAAGACAAUGUACACGGCCUUUCCUCGCCAGAAAAUUAUCGGAAUGUUCGACAUGCGCCAACCGUUUUUCUGUGUACGUGAUCCAGAUGUGCUGAAGCAAUUGGCCGUUAAAGAUUUUGAUCAUUUUGAGGACCAUCGAAUGUUUGUGGAUGAAAAUGUCGACGCUUUGUUCGGAAACAGUUUGAUUUGUCUGAGAGGCAUGAAAUGGAGAGAUAUGAGAGCCACGCUGUCGCCAGCAUUUUCCGGCAGCAAAAUGAGACAAAUGUUCGAAUUGGUUGCGGAAUGUGCUGAUGAAACAUCGUUUACAAUUAAAGAGAAUGUUUUGUUGGCCGGUGGUCACAUUGACUGUGAAAUGAAAGAUUUAUUCAGCAGAAUGACCAAUGACGUAAUCUCAUCCACAGCAUUCGGACAUAAAAUCAAUUCAUUUGCAGAUCCGACGAAUGACUUCUACUUGGCUGGGAAACAGUUUAUGAAAUUUAGCUCACCAUUGGCUGGUGUAAAGUUCCUAGUAAUGUUACUGUUGCCGAAGGUCGCAGCUUUCUUAGACAUUAACUUCUCCAAUUCCAAAGUGAUGAAUUUUUUCCGGUCGAUGGUUUUGAGGAACAUGGAAUGUCGAACGAAGCAGGGACUGUUCCGGCCAGACAUGAUCAACAUUUUGAUGAACGUUAGACGAGGAAAAGCUAACGAGGUGCAAUCAGCCGAAGAAACCAAUGCUGAAGGCUUUGCUACGACAGUAGAGUCGACAAUCGGAAAGAAAAUCGUCAAAAGAGUGUGGACAGAUGAUGAACUUGCAGCGCAGUGUUUCCUAUUUUUUCUUGCUGGUUUCGAUACCAGCUCAUCGAUGUUGUCUUUCCUAAGCCAUGAGCUGACUAUGAAUCCAGACAUUCAACAGAAACUGUACGAUGAAGUACGACAAACAUUCGACAAUUUGAACGGACAACGACUAACGUAUGACGCGUUACAAAAGAUGAAGUACAUGGAUGCAUGUAUAUCCGAAGGGUUAAGACAUUGGCCACCCGCAGCAACAACAGAUCGAAGGUGUGUCAAAGACUAUGACUAUGACGAUGGACAAGUUAACUUCAAGAUAACGAAGGGACAGUAUUUUGUUAUUCCAAUUUACGGUCUCCAUCAUGACGAAAAGUACUGGCCGAAUCCUUAUGUUUUCGAUCCUGAACGAUUCAGCGAGGAAAACCGGCAUACCGUUAACACUGGUGCAUACAUUCCAUUCGGACUAGGGCCUAGAAAUUGCAUAGGAUCCCGAUUUGCACUGAUGGAAGUAAAGGCGAUUGUCUUCUAUGUGCUUUUAAACUUUAAGUUGGAACCGAACGAGCAGACACAAGUUCAACUCAAACUGUUGAAAACGCCGUUCUCUUUGAGAGCAGAAAAAGGUGUAAACGUACGGCUAAAGCUAAGGAAAUGACGGGAAAAAAAUCAAA